CCUCUGUUCAACUUUGGAAGCUUCUUAUACCUACCUCUUACCACCUACCUUCUACAACCUAUAAUCCACCACUUCUUACCCCUAUAGCCAUCGCACUGGGGGAGCGCAUGCGGCUCAGGGAAAGGCUGCCCUCACGCGUCGUGGUACCGCCUCGGCUUAAUUUGGUUUCGCGAUGAAGUUCACCGUCAUGAAGUUCUUUCGGCGCAGCAAGAAGCCGCUCCAACAGCCCAAGCCGUCAAAGAAAUCGGCCCAAGAUGAUUUGGAGAGGGAUAAAUAUCGGAUUUACAACCCGCAGCAGAGCGACUAUUACAACUAUGCCGCCCAAAGGGGUAGCGUGUUCGCGCCCUGGUUGGAGCUCCCCGCUCCUAUAUUAGAAAGGGUCUUCUCUUUUAUCUGUCCCCAUUGUUGUGAUGAGUCGUACGAGACGUGCGAGCAGAGCGCACUCGAGAACGCCUGCAUGCUUUGCGACCUACGCGACCUCUCGCAUGCCGGCCAAGUCUGUAAGCGUUGGAGGAAGGCUGCCGUUAAAUUAAUGUACCAUAGCAUCCGCAUCGAUUCCGUACAUUAUUGCGAGCGCGAGAUCGAUCUUUCCGAGAGGCGAAAACGCAGGAGUCGCUUCGAUCGCAAUGGCCUUCCCGAAGACACGGCUAGUGCUCGACUGCAGUUGUUGUGCCGAUCGCUACGCGAAGACCCGACACGGCUUGGUUGCCUCGUUCAAUACUUCAAGACGCCGUACAUGUUACGAGAGUCGAGUACGUCCACGCUCGCGCGGACCAUUGCCGUCUUGCCCAACCUCCGCUACGUCGACCUCCCCGAAGGACUAUUUAGCGAUGACCCGGCUUAUCAUACCCUCAAACUCGAGGUGCAAGCCCGCUGUCCAGACCUCAGAAAAAUGACGUACAUCGGUGGUAGUGAGCGGAGCUUGGAGGCGUUGAGUAGGGGUAAUGUAUGGCCGAACCUCGAGGUGUUAGAACUGACCAGAAUAAACAUGGAUCCGGCGAUGCUGCGACACGUCCUUUCUAUGCUUCGUCACCUACGAGCUCUGAAGGUUUCGGACUGCCGAAUCUUGGAUGACGAUAUAUUCAAAUACAAUGACACAUUGGCGGCUUUCCCAGCCUUGGAGGAAAUGAUACUAAUAGACACGCCGAAGCUCACCUCUGGAGGCCUAGUGGCGUAUCUAUCUAGGGACGAGACGCAGAGGCAGCUCAAAGUGCUCUCUCUUUCUAACACCGGGGUUCAAGCAUCUACGCUACACGAUGUAUUGGCUCAUGCGCCAAAUCUUACAGCCUUGUCCAUCAUUGACCAAGUAGAUUCCCCGUUCCCAUCUCACUCGGGACCCCUCCCGCCACUGACGAACUGGUCUCUACAAACUCUGCGCUUCGAAAUCACGGCGUCCCCGGCUACUGCUUCCUACGCGAGUAUUACAAGCGGUUAUUACAACUAUCUAGCAUCUUCCCUCUUUGCUGGUGGCUUACCGCGCCUAUCCGCAGUCUAUGUUCGCGACCAAGAUUUCCCAGACAUCCUCCUAGGCCUCCCGCCACCUAUGCCCGGGUUUGCUGGAGGCCAGCAACGACCCAGUAGCUCCAGCAGUGACCGCAUGUUCGGCAUGGGGAACGGUAGUCUUUCGCCGAUGAAUAAUGGUCACUUCGGCAAUGUACCCCCCCGCUUCAGUUCUAACAACCCUUUUGCGGCAGCACUAGGACCGUCUCGCGGAUUAUCACUCAACCAGACGCUGGAGGUUUUCACCAAAGGGGAAGACGAUGUCGAUUGGGGUAGCAUAAGAAUGGACCCCUUCGACGCUUACGGCGGUGUUGCGGGCAGCGGUAGCAGAGGCCGCAGUGGUAGUACUUCGAGCGGCCGCCCUCUAAGCAGUUACGGCCUAGCAGAUAUAGGGUCCGGGUGGCAAGCUGGUGGUGGAGCCAGAAAGAGUAUACUUGUGCAAGGAACCGGCGCCGGUAGCUUCUUGGCCGUGCCAGGCGGACACGGGCGUACUGGUAGUACCGCAAGCUCCAGCGCUGUGAAGGAGGAUCUAUGGCCAAGACCCAGCAGUAGCGCAGGAGCCAAGGGAGACCGAGACCUGUGGCGCUAAUAAGUAAACUCUAGAAGAGGACGUAGUGUUUAUUCUUAUAAUGGAUGACGAUGUUAGGAGAUUUUGGAGCUGAUGUUCCGGUUUGCUCGGGAACAAAAGGUGAUAAGUUCAAGAACCCAGUAGUAAUAGGAAUCAUCAAUUGUGCUA